AUGAAAAUAAUUCCUAAUGUUUACCGCUACAAUAUCAUGAUCAAUGGAUUAGGUAAGAACAAAAAGAUGAAUGAGGGCAUGAAUCUCUUGAAACAAAUGCAUAUGAAAAUUAUAGUUGCUGAUAGUGUGACUUACACUUCUCUUACUGAUGGUUUAUGCAAGUCUGGAAGAAUAUCUUAUGUUUUGGAUGUUAUGGAUGAGGUGCAUGAGAGAGGUUUUGAAGCAAUUGUAAUAAUUGUCUGCACUUAUAAUGUCUACACAGAGGGUUUGCUUGAUGAGGCAUUGAUCAUUUGGUCCAAAAUGGAAGAUAAUGGUUGCGUGCGUGCCUAA